GUGUAAGGUCUUAGCAAAAGAGUAAAAGGGACAAAAUGGCUUCCUCCGUGCUCUCACCAACAGCCGUUGCCUCCGUCAACCGUGUCAGCCCAGCUCAAGCUAGCAUGGUGGCACCCUUCACCGGACUCAAGUCCGUCUCGGCCUUCCCUGUCACCCGCAAGACCAACAAUGACAUUACCUCCCUCUCCAGCAACGGCGGAAGAGUUCAGUGCAUGCAGGUGUGGCCACCAAUUGCCAAGAAGAAGUUCGAGACUCUGUCUUACCUUCCACCUCUCUCUCCAGAAUCACUGGCCAAGGAAGUUGACUACCUUCUGCGCAUGGGAUGGAUUCCUUGCUUGGAGUUCGAGUUGGAGCAUGGGUUCGUGUACCGUGAGAACAACAGAUCUCCUGGGUACUACGAUGGACGCUACUGGACCAUGUGGAAGCUGCCCAUGUUCGGCUGCACUGACUCGUCUCAGGUGUUGGCCGAGCUGGAAGAGGCAAAGAAAGCCUACCCCAACGCCUUCAUCCGGAUCAUCGGUUUCGACAACAAGCGCCAAGUGCAAUGCAUCAGUUUCAUUGCCUACAAGCCUCCUGGCUUCUAAAUUUAAGGAAUCCGUCCUUCCCAAUUUGUUUCAAGAUGUGUUUAGGUUUUCCGUUUCUUCUGGUUUUCCAACUUUUGCCUCAACUCAGUAGUCUGCUUCUUUUUCUCUCUUUCCUUUUACUUUCCUUUGGGGAUCUCCAACGGAACGGAAUGUAAGCUGAGAAUAAAGAUUAUAUAAUAUUUUGUUGGCGAUGGUAACCGGUAACAUUUGA